UCACUUCUUCUGCUUUGAUCGUGGAGACAAAAAAAAAAAACUGCGAACCCCAGGAGAAGGACAGCGCCCAGAAGAAGUAAAACCUCUGCAAACUGUGCGGAGCAUCGUGUUGGAAAUGCGGCGGUUGUCUGCGGGUGGUCGGACAUUAAAUCACAGGACAUGUCUUUUGGUUUGUUGAAGCCUCAGUGCUACACUCAGCUCCACAAGCAUGCAACAGUAGUGACCGUAUCUCUCCGUUCAGCAGCACCGUUUGAUCCAAGAGAAACGUGCCUUGUAAGGAAGCAGGAUGUUCACAGGAUCCACCAAACUGCCACCCGCUAAAACUCCCCAGCCCGAGCGGCUGGAUGAAGUGUACGCUGCCUUACGCAGAGGCUUACAGUCCUACCUGCAGGUCCACCAGCUGGAGCUGGACAGUCUGGGUCAGCAGAUCAGAGAAAACAAGAGGAAUGGUCGCCUGGGGUCACUGUAUGAGCUGGAUAAGCAAGUGAAAGCCAUAGAGAGGUUCAUGCGCCGCUUGGAAUUCCACCUAAGCAAGGUCGAGGAGCUGUACGAUGCGUACUGUAUACAGCGGCGACUGCGUGAUGGAGCGAGUAAGAUGGUGGCGGCCUUCAACUCCGCCACUGGCAGCAAGGAGGCCAGAGAGAGCCUGAGCGAAGCCAACAAGGGCUACAGGGAGUGUACAGAGCACAUGUGCUCACUUGAGGGUGAUUUAGAAAGUCAGAUGGGGGAAUUUCAUGUCAAAAUGAAGGGCCUUGCUGGCUUUGCACGGCUGUGUGCUGGUGACCAGUAUGAGGUACUAAUGCGCUAUGGGCGUCAACGCUGGAGGCUACGAGGACGUGUGGAAGUCAGCGCUAAGCAGAUAUGGGACAGCGAAGACUAUAUUUUCCUGCCUCUCGUCACAGAGCUGCUGUCCAUCAAGGUGACGGAGCUGAAGAGCCUGGCCAACCACGUGGUGGUGGGCAGCGUGUCCUGUGAAAUGCUCGACCUGUUCUGCCCACUCCCCCAGACGCUCGCCGUGGAUAUCAACGACCUCGGGACGGUGAAGCUAAACUUGGAGGUCACCUGGAGUCCGUUUGAUAAGGACGACCAGACAUCAUCCACCAGUACGGUUACUAAACGGCUGCUGUCCAAUCAGAGCCCUCCAGACACGCCCUCUAUGCGGGAGCAGGUGUUUUAUAGCGUGCCCCAUGGCAGGCCCAGACCCAACUGCUCCGUGCCGGAGGCGUUCCACGAUGUUGCGACGGACAGGACGGCAUCGUUACACUGUGAAUUCGGCCAUACCACCCCGCGAUUCACCUCCGUGCAGUCGUCUCUGCUGAAGCGACAGGGAGAGAUGGAGAACGGGACAGUCUGGUCCAACUCCUCUGAAUCCUCCGACGACUCCUCCAGUCCGGCGCUGGCUCAUCACGCUCAGAGGCUGACGGCCUCCAACAUGCUGCAGACCACUCUCCCCAGUCAGCUGUCGCUCACUCCACACAAGUCCAGCGCGUCAACGCCGUCGCUCUCGUCCAACCAAGAGGAGGACGAGACAGAAGCCGGGGAGGUCUUCUCUCAGACAGAUGCGGUGCCAAACGGCCAUCUGCAGACUUCCUGCUCUCACAGCCUUGUGGGCGAGAGCAGCCCGGACUGUACUGUGACUGACAGGGCGUCUCUGCGGUCAGCUGACCUCUCAGACACCUCAGCGGACCUGAGCUGCUCGUGUCCUGACGUCUCCUCUGUACCUCCUGUGUCGUUAGUGGAGAGAGCAGAUGUGCCUGAAAGUGGCAUCCCACAAGUGUGUGUUUCAGCAGAGGUGGUAAAGGAUGAUCCCUGCGAGGACUCCUCUUUACAGGCUGAAGCAGAAGCAGGGGACAGCACCACUGAGGCAAAGGGUGGAAACCAGCUAGAAGCAGCAGAGAAACACAGUCAGCCUCACCCGUCCAGUCCGGAGCUCAAACAAGCAGAGGCCGCUCCUACGGUUUCUUUUCCUACUUCCUCUAGUUUCAUCCAGGAAGUUGAGACAGCCCUCGAAAGUUUUGACUUUCUCAACUGCUCUGACCUUGAUGAAGAGGAAGAGGAGCAACAAGUGAAAAAUGAAGGAGAAAAGGAGCAAGGAGAGAAAGACAAAGGAGAAAAGGAAGAGAAGGAAGAGCAACUAGAGAAAGAUGAGGGAGAAAAAGAAGAGGAGCAAGGAGAGAAAGACGAAGGAAAAAAGGAAGAGGAGCGACAAGAGAAAGAUGAAGGAGAAAAGGAAGAGGAGCAAGGAGAGAAAGACGAAGGAAAAAAGGAAGAGGAGUGUGGCCAAAAUGACGACAACCAACACAAAGUGGAGGAAGAAGAAAAGGAUGAAGGGAAUUUCUACUCUGGUGGAAGUGAUGACGAAGAGGAGGGAGGGGGCCUUGAGAUCCUCAUGGAAGCCCCAGAGGGAUUUAGGAACUCAGAUGAAGAUCGUUUCUCUGAAUCACAGGAGUCGAGUGUGGAAGACGUGCAGGAUUUGAGAGAGAUUGAACUACCUGAGGAUAAGGAGGAACCCAGCAAGGGAAAGGGAGCUGAACGACACGGAGAGGGCGCAUCACAUGAUCAAGAGGAGCGUCCCUCCACUCCCAGCCAUUUGGCCACGACUGUCUUCUAAUGACACAGUGAAACCAUAGCGAAACCAUUUCUCCCGCUCUGUUCUGCUCAUGCCAUCUCCCUCCUCCCCCCCCCGAGGGACCAGAGGCCUUGAGGAUGUCCCACUUACUGCUCAGACAAACAAGCUCCUCCAUUACGGCCGAGUUUGUGCACAUAUCUGCCUUGUUUGACAAAGAAUGAUAAACCCUGGGGUUUGAUGAUAAACCUUCAGUCAAGUCUGAAAGUCACGCCCCACACACACACACACACACACACACACACACACACCCCUUCAGUAGUUCUUUGUUCAUUCAACACACGCUCUUAUCACGUUGCCUGAGUUACAGUGGGAUGCCACUUAAGUUUACACGUUCAUCAACUGUUCCUGUCAUGUGAAAAUUCCGUGUCCAAAAACAUUUCAGGAGCAGCUAGAAGGGGCCUUGUUCUUGGCUUUAUUAGUGUGUUUUUUUUAAUGGUCUAAUAAUUUAGAAAUAAGUUUUAUAUGUUGGAGUUGGUGGAUUUCUUCAAUCCACAGAGAAGCAUACAAUCAUUUGCCGAGUUGCGUUACAAGUUACCAGUAUUUUCAGAUAUGGGAAAACUAUCGAGGUCAGGAUUUUUCAGUGUUAAAUCGGCGCACAGCCCGGAGCUCUUUCUGACCAUGUGAUGUUUGUCUGAGGAUGUUCAUUGACAUGAAGUCAUUUCCAAAGCAGGAAUUCACCCUGAAAACCUACAGGAUAUUUUCAUAUUAUUCAUCAGAGAUGAGAAUUUUCAGAAAUGAAAUGUCUAAGCUGCACCAGGGCCUGAGCUAAAAAAAAAAAUUAACGUGUUUUAUAUAUAUAUAUGAGAAAUGAGUAUAAACACUUUAAAGACAGCAGUUUGAGUUUCUCUCCAAAAACUUCUCCCGGUCCAGUUUUUACAAACACGGAAACAACCUGCAGAGUCAAACUAUAUGUAAACCUGCAUGUGUCGCUGCCUCACACUGCCAGCAUGUCUGUGUAAAAAGCUCCAGUGAUCAGUUUUAAGUGUGUAAGCUAGGCUCCACUCAGAGGACGCCCUCAGCUCUGUAGCUGUGUACAAAAGCUGCCUCACGGGGGCGCCAUAGUCUGUCAACGUCAUUGCUUUCCAUUGUUCUGCGAAGCCUCGUCAUUCAGAAAGUGCCUAAAGAGACAGGAUGUAAGGUUUUAAAUGCCAGGACGGGAGAGAUCAGGCGAAAGAAAACAGUGUUUAUUUUCUGAAUUACUUUUAAGAGUGUGCACAAUAAGAGAUAUUUACUGUUUCAUAUAAAAGAAUUGUAUAUGUCUUGAAAUGUUUAUGUUCAGAAAUGUUUAAACUUUAUAAAGCUUUCUUUAAAAGUAA